UACAGUCUGCCAUCUUUGAUUGUGCGACAGGCCGCGGCGCGAGCGGGGCCUCACUCAACUAGAAAAACGGUCUGGCACGAGAUAACGGGUGGGGAGAGAUACGGAACCACGGGACGACCGCGUACCGGUUUCCCGCAGUAACGGCCGAACAGACGAGGACAGACUGGCGGCCUGAAACGGCGCCGAAGACACAAAACAGAAGCCGUGCAUGUGGAGAGCGGUUUGUUGGCACCCAACUAGCAAAGUAGCUAACCAUCGUUAGCCGAACUGGGUUAGCAGGCUAGCCAGCUUUUGUAAUCCGCCGGCCAGACACACUUUUCGUUCACCACAAACCAGGCCGAAACCGGAUUUCAAGUGAGGCCGCACAACAGCCCAAAGGACAAAGAAGGUACCGGCGGUGGCAGGAGGCUGGUUCUGGGGGCGAGGCCAAAGGACCAGACUCAAUGAGUUUCCAGCGAAAUGUCCGAGAAGUCAGGGCAGAGCACCAAGGCAAAGGAUGGCAAAACAAAGUAUGCAACCCUUAGCCUCUUCAAUACCUACAAGGGCAAAUCUCUGGAAACCCAGAAAACUGCAGUGGCUGCCAGACAUGGGCUCCAGAGUUUGGGCAAAGUUGCUGUUAGCCGGCGCAUGCCCCCUCCGGCCAACCUGCCCAGCCUGAAGGCAGAAAACAAGGGAAACGACCCCAACGUCAAUAUUGUCCCAAAAGACGGUAGUGGCUGGGCAUCCCGAACUGAGGCAGGGGACGAGAGGCAACAGGAGACACCACCACCCCAGAACAAACCAGCAGUGCUCCAGUCUCAAGAGCUUUCUGUCGGAGGCAGCCGCUCCUGGGCCAACAGCAAGCAGACACAGCUAGACGGAGCUCCUCGUGUGAGCAGCCAUUUUCACCAGGAGUUUCCCAGCUUGCAGGCGGCUGGUGAGGUUGAGAAAGGGGACGGUCAAGAGGAGGAGCCUUAUGGACCAGGCCCCAGCCUCAGACCUCAAAAUGUUGGCAGCUGGCGUGAGGGUGGAGGCAGGAAUUUGAACACUGCGCCCAGCCCCCCUGAGAUGGAUAACAGGGCUCCGGAGGAGGGUAGUACGGGCCUUGGUACCUCCACACCACCUGCUGAAGCUGAUGAACCUGGCCGAAAUGUAACCACUGACAGUCAGAGGGAGAAGAGGGAUGGCAGGGAGAGGCUGCCCACCUCUGGCCCUCCUCAGCCUAAACUUAAUGGGGGGCAGCAGCCUCCUGCUGGGGUGCCAACUCACUUUGACCCUGCUUUCAGGAGCAUGAUGCCACCUUAUAUGUUCCAUGCCUAUCCUCAAAUGACUUUUGGCCCUGGGCAAGGAAACUUCAGAUAUCCUGUACCACAGGAUGGAGCAAAGGGUCCUCGUUCAGCACGACCUCAGCAGCCUCCCCCUCAGUCCUGGCUCCAGGACCCAGACAGACCCUCUAUAAUCAGCGCAACCGAACUGAAGGAGCUGGACAACUUAGACACUGAUGCUGAUGAGGGCUGGGCUGGAGCUCAGAUGGAGGUGGACUACACUGAGAAAUUAAACUUCAGCGAUGAUGAGGAGAACCAAGCUGCUAAGGACAAAGGAGAAAACUGGGAGUGGAUGGGUAAAGUGGAACGUAUAAGACCUAGGCCAUCAGAUGGUCAGGAGGGCUGGAAGGAGGGGUCUGAGGACCGUGGGAGCAAUAAAACCUCAUGGGCAGACAAUGUAGAUCCCAGAGCACCAUCACCUGGAAGUAUGGGGCAGUACAGUAAAUCAGCUGCUUCUCAGGACUACCAGGGUGGCAGUCGCUCUGUUGGUGGUGCAGCUCCCCGUGGGAGCAAGCCACAGGCUACAGCAGCACUUGGCGGUGAAGAGGACUCUGAGGCCUGGAGACAGAAGCGCAAAAAGCCUUCAGAAGUUUCUGAAGCUGUAGAACGAGCGCGACGGAGAAGAGAGGAGGAAGAACGGCGGAUGGAAGAACAGCGGCUUGCGGCUUGUGCUGAAAAACUUAAACGUCUCAAUGAGAAACACCGCCAGGCAACUGAGGGCAAAUCCUCCCCUGCUCAGACUGCCAAUGAUGAGGCAGGAGCUGCUCAUGAGGAGGCCUCUUUAUCAGCUCCUGCUCCUGUACCCAGUCCUGUACCUUCAGUCCCAGUUUCACAAUCACAGGCCCCAAACAUGCAAGCUCCCGUACCUGAGAGGGUGGAUCGAGACAGGGACAGGAUGGAGCGAGAACGGGAGAGAGUUGAACCAAGUGCAGAGGAGGAGGUUCACUUGCCUCGUCAGCCCAGCCCCCCUGUCCACAGACCUGUGGCUGUAGCUCCAGAACCCCAGAGUGAGGGAGAGAGCUCUUUGGCUGAGGUUGGCCCCCUCAUGGAGGAUAACCAAACUGACAGGACAACAGUGCCUAUCCGAGACUAUUUCAACAUAGAGGACAACAGAGUGGAUGAGCCCCACCUGUCUCUGCCUCAUAUGGAUCCUCCAAGUGGUGAGGAAGUCCCUGUGGCACCCCCACAGCUGGAAGGAGAAGCAGCAGCUGCUAUGCGUCCCUCUCUCACCUCAGGCUACUCCAAACAGUUUCAAAAGUCUUUGCCCCCUCGUUUCCUUAGACAGCAGGAGCAAAUGAAGCAGCAACAAUGGCAACAACAGCAACAACAGAGUGGGGGCUCAGUGUCCCCAUCAGGUGGUGGCGGAGUUCCAGCUACCCAACAGCAGCAACAACAGCAGCAACACCGCUCCAUGUAUCAACCCAUGGGCCCCCACCAUCAGCACCUGGCCUCCAUGGGGUUUGACCCCCGCUGGCUUAUGAUGCAGUCCUACAUGGACCCUCGCAUGAUGUCAGGACGUCCUCCUAUGGACAUGCCAACCAACAUCCACCCUGGGAGGAUGCCUCCUAAACAGAUUGUGCGCAGAGAGCCAGGUGAUAACUCCAGCUCCAGCUCUGACUCCUUUGACCAUUUGACACGACCAAUGCGCGACCAUGGCCUGCCCUCAGACUCUCGGAUGGUAUGGGGAUCUGACCCAUACCCGCAGUCAGAGCCAUUGCCUUCUGUCACUCCUCCAAAAGGACGGGAUGAUAACAAGGAGCCAAGGAUGGACUCUGGUUUGGAUCUGGACAGGGGUCUACCAACUAUGUACCCACAGGACCACGGUGCAUUGGACUCUCGUAAGAGUAACUUCUUCCGGGACCCUACGGAGUCCCUGUCAGCAUUUGCCCAGGGCCCAGAAGAUACAUCUGGACCUCUAGACAGGGUCCCUGUAGGCUCAGCCUUUGACCCAGAGGAGCCGGGCCUACCAAGUGGGGAGGAGGUAGAGGCUCUCGGUCAAGCUAUGCUCCAGAGGAGCGUCUCCCAGGGCUCCAGCCAUUCCCUCAAGCUUGAUGAGCCCAGGUUUGACGGCCUACCACUAGGAACAAAGUCACUAGAGCUACAGGAUACAGGGGAAAGGGCUGAUGAUAAGCCCCAGACUGAACUCUACUCCCAGGCUGCUGUGACCAGCAGCAGGGCUACACCUCCUGCUGAUGGAUUACACAAACAAGAGAAGCUGCCUUUGCCAGCCCCUAGCAAGCAGAAAGCUGAGCUGCGCUGGGGUGGGAGAUCAGGGCCUGGACGCAGAGAAGGACCAGGGGGAGAGAGACCAGUCCGCAGGUCUGGGCCGAUAAAAAAGCCUGUCCUGAGGGACAUGAAAGAAGAGAGGGAGCAAAGAGAGGAGAGAGAAAAGCGUCAUGAGAGAGCAGAAAGAGGAGACCGGUCCAAAAAGGAUCAGUCAUCCAAAGCUCCUUCUGCAGCUGCUGCUGUGUCUGAGGGUUCCAGACCUCAGGGUGAAGGGAAGAGAGAAUCUACUGAGCUUGAGGAAACACCGACUGGCCAUCAGAGACCCAGAGACUCUCAGCCCUCGUCUGGGGCUCCCACUUCUUCCUCUCAGGAGGAGAAAGCAGACAAACCACCCAGCAAUGACAAACAUCCAGAACCCAAAUUGCCCUCCAGGAAGGAGUCCAAUCUUCCUCCGCGUGCCUACCGACGAGAAGAUAGAGAGAGGGACCGUGAGAGGGAUAAGGAAAUGGACAAGGACAGAGAGAGAGAGUGGCCCAUGGACUCAAGUUUCAAAGGACGUGGUCGAGGGGAGUAUUACUCAAGAGGACGUAGCUACAGGGGGACUUACAGUGGUCGAGGCAGGGGGAGUCGUGGCAGAAGUCGAGCAGAGUACCCUUACCGAGAGCCUCGAUCACGCUCUGAUUUACCUUCUGCUGCAGGUGCAGCUGCCUUUCGUAAUCGGGAGGAAAGCGAAACACGCAGUGAGAGCUCAGACUUUGAGGUUAUACCAAAACGCAGACGACGGCGGGGUUCAGAUACAGAUUCUGAAAGUGAAGGUGGGAGGGAGUCUGCCAGUGAUACUGGACCUUCUGACCGAGAACCUAGCACCAAACCUAGCCGUCCACUAAGACGAGAACUACCUGGGGAGGGCCGAUCUGGGCCUCACAAGCCAGGCUUUGGACCUCCUCACAUGGGGGAAAAGGUUGGGUCCAGGGGGGACGAUGAAAGCAGGCCUAAGCCAGGAUUUCUUCCAAAAGGAGAGCCUUCUCGGCGAGGAAGAGGUGGAUUAUACAGUAGACGAGGUGGAGCAAGGGAGCGUGGUGGCCCUCGCUCAGCCCCUCUUAGACGGCCAGCGGCCAGAGAGUCCUCCUCUCAGUGGCCCUCUAAACCCAUGGAAACAUUCAGGCUUGAGGACGCGGAGACAACACCCAGAUAUGACAAUCCUCCCGCUGACCGACGACCCCCUAAGUCUGAGAGCAAGAAAUUUGGGGAGGGGGCUCCUCAGAGUAGCAGAGAAAGGCCUCGUAGAUCCCGACCAGCACGUCCUCCCAGGCAAGAUAAACCCCCCCGCUUCAGGCGCUUGAAGGAGCGGGAGGCUGCCGUGUUAGCUAGUGGAGAAACAGCCCCAAGUCCCCCUGUCCCUCUACCCCCAGUGCCUGCUGCUGCCCCUAGGUCUACCCCGAUCUCCCUAUCCCCAACCCUGUCUAGAGCUCCAGGAACCCCUGUUACUGUGCCUGCAGAAGUGGCAGCCACUAUGCCUGCACCUGACCUGCCCUCUCCUGUAGAAGCACCCUUGCCCGAGACCAGCAGCCCCACCAUUACUGCAGUCGGUACCAAGUCACCUGACUUGUCCAACCAGAACUCUUCAGAUCAAGCCAAUGAGGAAUGGGAAACUGCCUCUGAGAGCAGCGACUUCAAUGAAAGGAGAGAGCGUGAAGAGAGGAAAGGAGCAUUGGAGGCCGCAAAUGAGGUAGCCACCGCCUCUGCUGCAGCACCUGCUCCUCCUCAGGGCUCUUUGACCCCCAGUAAAAGCCCUCCUGACGGAGGGGUGACUCCAAAACGUGAAGGAGCUCCUGCAGCCAAGAGGAGUUUCUCAAGUCAGAGGCCUACAGAGAGACAGAAUCGUAGAGGCAACAGUGGAGCCAAACCAGGCCGGAGCUACACUGGGGGCAAGGGAGAAAGGAGGGGAGGGGCCAAAGCUGGCCGCAAAGGCCUUGCAGCCCAGCAGAACUCAGAGGCAACUGCACCAACAGCCGGAGGAGCAGUCCAAAGACCUUCAAAAGAGCAACCUGCCCGUCGCAAAGAUGAGACCAAACAGGCCGCCAAGAAGCCCAAGGAGAAUGCUCUUUCUCAGUUUGAUCUCAACAAUUAUGCCAGUGUUGUGAUCAUUGAUGACCACCCAGAGGUCACCACCACAGAGGACCCACAGUCCAGUACCAAUGAUGAUGGCUUCACAGAGGUGGUCUCCCGCAAGCAACAGAAACGCCUACAGGAUGAAGAGAAGCGGAAAAAGGAAGAGCAGACUACACAGAACUGGGGUAAAAAAGGUUCUGGUGAGAAGAACAGAGGGGGAGGCGGAAAGCUGCCACCAAGAUUUGCUAAAAAACAAUCAUCACAGCAACAACAACAGCAACAGCAGCAGCAGCAGCAACAACAACAACAACAACAACAACAACAACAGCAGCAGCAGCAGCAGCAACAACAACAGCAGCAGCAGCAGCAACAACAACAACAACAACAACAACCGCAACAACAGGCCUCACAGCCUCAGCCUUCUGUAGCCUCCACCCCCCAGGCCCAACAGCAGCCCACCAUUUCUGCCUCCCAGCAUCCCCACUUAGCUCCCUCCCAGCCGGCUGCAUCCCCUCAGACACUGGAAGGAACAGUGGCUCCUCUGCCCUCCAUUCCACCUGCUACUGUGGACUUCACCUCAAAAAGCCUACCCCCUGCACCGACGCAGACACACAGCACUCUGGGUACAGAACUGUGGGAGAACAAAGUAGCAGGCUCCACUGUCCUUCCUGAUGUGAAGAAGCUUGGUCCAAUCAGCCCUCCCCAGCCACCAUCUGUGAGUGCCUGGAACAAACCUCUUACCUCCUUUACUGGCACUGUCUCCUCUGAGGGUGUGAAGCCUGGAGCAGAGGGAAGUGUGGAAUUGGCCAUAGACAGUAUUCAGUUUGGAGCACCAUCAUCUGCAGGCAGCACAGACAGCGAUGGAGUUCCAGCGUUGCUAGAAACUGGUUCUGAAAACAAACUACCUGCUCCCAAAGAACAGCGACAAAAACAACCUCGAGCUGGCCCAAUCAAAACACAGAAGCUUCCUGAAAUGGAACCAGUGGAAACCAAGGAAUACAAGCCAGGUCCCAUUGGUAAAGAGCGUUCUUUAAAGAACCGCAAGGCCAAAGAUGCGCGUGGAGGAGAAGGUGAAGGCAUGGAGGGAGGUGUACCUGGAGGAGGCGUCAGCAGAACCACAGACUCCAGUCCUCCCACCAGUGACACCACGGUACCAGAGCUGGGAGGAGACAUCGAGGGCAUGAUCACAGUCCCCUCAGCAGAGUAUACCAGUAAUUCAAAGGAGUCUGUCACUGACUACACAACUCCCUCAUCCUCACUGGCUGACAGUGUUCCUACUGGAGGGAACAAAAUCGAGGAGAGUUUGGUGGCCAAUGUGGCACUACCCCAUUCAUUGCCUCUUCCUCGGCGAGAGACCCUGCAGCAGAGCUCCAGCCUCAGCACCGUCUCCCCGGCUACUGUUGACUUAACACUAAAGAUGGAAUCAGCUCGUAAAGCGUGGGAAAACUCUCCGAGCCUGGAGAAGAAUUCUCCGGUCACUUCCUCUUCCUCCCCCAUCACCUCUUGUGCAUCCUCGUACUCUUCCUUCUCCUCAGCCUCCAUGCCACAGAUCCCUGUGGCUUCUGUUACCCCCAGCACCUCACUGUCAGGUUCUGGUACCUACACAACAUCAUCCCUCAGCACCAAGACCACCACGGCCUCUGACCCCCCAAACAUCUGCAAGGUGAAGCCCCAGCAACUGCAAGGUGGAAGUCUGUCAUCCUCCAGCAGUAGCAGUAGUAGUAGUAGUAGCUUCUCUCAGCUGGGCUGCGUGCCUCCCCUCCUGCCCCAGCAGCAGCAAACCCCACAGGUGUACGUCUCCCAGUCUGCAGCAGGUUCUGCAGCUCAGAUUCCAGCAUUCUACAUGGACACUAGUCACCUCUUCAGCACCCCCCACCCUCGCUUGGCUCCUCCCUCCCUGGCGCAGCAGCAAGGCUUCCAGCCCGGACUCUCACAGCCAACAGCAGUGCAGCAGAUUCCCAUCCCCAUCUAUGCUCCACUGCAAGGUCAGCCUCAGCACCAACACACACACCAGCCCCAGCUAGGACUUAGCACUGGUCCUCCAGUCUCCCAGCCACAGGACUUGUUCAGCUCCUCGCUUCAGCCUUACAGGUCUCAGCAGGCAUUCAUGCAGAGCAGCCUGUCACAGCCCUCCAUGAUGCUGUCAGGACCAUCCUUGCACAGCUACCCCGGCGUGCAGGCACCUGAGCUGGGCAAGCCUCAGUCCAACCUGGCAUAUCAGCAGCCCUCGUCCACCCAGCACAUUCCCAUUCUGUUUGAACCGCAGCUGAACCAGCCCUCUGGCAUGGGAGGCUCCCAGCUCAUUGACACACACCUGCUGCAGGCUCGACAGGGGAUGAAUCAGCAUUCAAACAUGUACUCGGGGCAGGUGCAACAACAUGGCCAGAGUAGCUACUACAGCAACACUCAGUCGCCCAGUUCAGCAAUGCAACAGGUGACAGUCCCUCUGCCUGGUUCCCAGUUGUCCUUGCCAAACUUUGGCUCAGGUGGAGGCCAGCCCCUGCUGGCACUCCCCCCCACACCUCCUCAGGCCCAGCCCCCAAGCAUCAACAGACAGCCCCCAGUCUCCCAGCCAUACCGAGGCAUCAUGGGCCCAAACCACAACAUGAUGCAGCCACCCACCAGCAAGAUGGACAUGGAUCUGAAACUCUUUGGCAGUGGGAUGGAUGUGAAGCCUGGAACCCCUCCUGUCAGUGCUAGGAGCACUACACCCACCUCUAGCCCUUACAGGGCCAGCUCCACCUCUCCUAGUAGCCAGUCCAGUAAGAUGAACAGCAUGCUGUACCAGAAGCAGUUUCAGCCCAGCUCUGCUGGUAUGAGAAUGACACAGCACUUCCCUGGCCAGUUCAACCCACAGAUUCUCUCUCAACCCAACAUCGUGUCUCCUCUGGUUCGGCCUCCUCACGCUAACUCAUUUGCUGGAGGUGUCCAGCGGUCUCCCAUGGGCCCUCCAAUGUCACCCAAUAUGGGUGGUGGUCUAAUGCCUCAUCCCCGACCCCAGCACCAACAGCACAGCCAGCACCCUCCCCGAGGACCCUCUGGUCCCUCCAUUGGACCCAGAGGCACACAGGCGGCUCUGAAGGCUGAACAGGACCUAAAGGCAAAGCAGCGGGCUGAGGUGCUCCAGUCCACUCACAAGUUCUUCUCAGAGCAGCAGCAGCAGCAACAGCAGCAACUCAAGGCCCCACAAGUCAACAAAGCGUCUCGGCUUGAUCAGGGAGGAAAACCUCCCCUCGACACCUCGGCUCCAAACCACCAGGCAGGAGGCGACCGCCCAGAUUCUGACAAACCCCCCGUCUCUACGGCCAAGCCCAUACGGACUGGCCCCAUAAAACCGCAGGCCAUCAAACCAGAAGAGGGCAAGUAAAGAGCUGCAGACCCUCUUCAGAUGUCACUGCGAAUGGAUGGAAGAGAGGAAGAGAGAGAAUCUAGCCCCAUUCACUCAGUCACCACCUCAUAUCAGCCCUGGGGGACAGUGUGGGGGAGGAGGAUGAGCUGGGUAGAGAUCCAAAUGGUAAUGGUUACUGAGAGUAGGCGCUGUCCUGCGUACAUAAAAAAUCCUCUUCCUCUUCUUUCUUCCCCUGUCUUGUCCCACUGUAGGUGGGGGCGUUUGAGUUGGAUUCUUCCAUCAUAUUUAGAUGCCGAUGAAAUGGCUGCACAAGUUGUUCCAUAUAAAUCUACUGUGACAGUAGAUAAGAGGAGAGUCGGAGAAAGAAAAUUGAAAUGAGAUUUGCUGCUGAGUUUGCCAUUUUUAUAGCUCUUGAUUUCUGUUUCCUUUUAAUUUUAUUUUCCUCCCCACCCCACCCCUGAAUAGGAUCACGCAUAUUAUAGGAGAAACCUGUUUUGUUAAUGAAAGAAUGAAUCAGAUUUGUUUUUGUAGUCAAAACAAUCUUAAGUGUAUCUAGUGAAGCACACUUUUUGUUGCCCAAUCUCCCAUCAUAACUAAUCCAGAGAUUUGUGCCCUUGCACACACUCCCUCAACGUUUUUAUCCACGGUUAUCGCACGGAGACGUGAAAUCAGAAAUUUUGUUGUUAUUUAGUUUUUUUGUUUUACCAGAAUGGAAAUGUGAAAAUUGCAGCAUUUGAUUGACUUUAAUGAUUGAUUUAUUGAUUAGUCUGCCUGUGAGCCUUUGCUCCUGCCUUCUGCUCUCAUCCCCUUGCCUGAGAAUUACUGAUGUGUUGGGGUGUGUGUGUCGCGUGUCUGUUUGUGGUAUGAACAGGGGUUAGCUCGUAGCUGGACUGUCCUGUAUAUUUAGCCAAAGGUUAAAGCAGCGCAGAGAUGAUGUCACAGCCUUUUAGGAUUGCUGUUGCCGUGGCAGCAGAGUUUUGAGUAGAGUAAAGAGGAUAACAUGGAUGAGGUAUGAUCACUACUUACAGCUGUUCCAGUUCAGGGGCUACUGUCACACACCCUUUCACUGCUUUCACAUCCAUCCUUGCUGUCACACAAACACAGACAUAUACACACUUCACUGUAAAGCACCCAAACCUGCUGCUAUUGACUGAUUUCAGUGCCCUUAGCUAGAAUAUAGCAGGAUAGGGCUAUUUAGAGGAAUAGAAAUGGCGAGAAGUUGAUUGUUGAAACAUUAGAAAACUUUUGAGUGUGUGUAUGUCAACCCCCACAACAAGGGGGGAACAAGAACAAGACAGAGAUCGAGGAAAAAGAUGAAAUGAAAAGCCUCAAGUUCUGAAGCGUUUGGGCAGAAGGACACUUAUUGUUUUGUUGUCUUUACUGAUGAGAGCAAUCAGUGCUGUUUUCUGUCUCUGCCUCACCUUUGCUGGCUGUCCCACCCACAAUGCUCUCAUCUCGGGGUUGUGGUGACAAGGGUCCUUCAGAAAUGUACAGUAGUAUGCACCCUGAGGUGGGGAGGGUGUCCUCCUCACCUCUACCCUAGCUGGGGGAAGAGUCCUUGCUUUGAAGGAUGGUUGAGGGAGGGUGGGUAAUGAUUUUUUUUUUUUUUUUUUUUUUUUUUUUUUCUUUUUUUGUUUGUUUUUUGUUGUACUUGUACAGGGGUUUCAUCGCUGUAUUAAAAGAUGUACGGUCUUAUUUACAUUCUUGGUUUGGUUACAGAAACUAAUAAAAAUAAUAUACUGUUGAGAUGUUUUUCA